AGGACGUAUUUCUAUGUCCAUGUUCUGACCGAUGUGCAAAUAGGAUUAGUUGUGUUGUGUCGUUACUUAUUACUGUGUGUGUUGUGAUGAAAUUCUUGCUGUUAGUUUUAGGCUGCACGCUGGCCGUUGCGCUUGGCACCAAGCCACCAAGAUGGCCGGACGUGUAUUCGGUGAGUGGCGUGUUAAACAUACCGUACGCGGAAAUCAACGAACCGUUCUACGCCUGGUACGAUAAGACGAAUGGACGCUCCCGGAUCGACUACUACGGUGGGAUGGUGAAAACGUAUCAGCUCACCAAGCAGGGUGAUUACGGUGUCAGCCUUAAGCUGGCCCCGGUCACGACGCAAAGCCUGCUGAACAAAGAAACCUGCCUGCAGGUCAACGGAACGGCCGAUAACGCGAUCGACGUGCAGGGCAUCCUGCCGUACGUGAAGGACUUCAACUUGAUGGGCACCGAGGAAUGCUCCGGCUAUCAGUGCGAUAAGUUCAGCCUUACUCAGCUCGUUGGCCAGAAACGAAACGUGUACACGCUGUGGGUGCGUUAUGUCAAAUCCCCUAAGUAUCCUGCGUCCCGGAUGCCGAUCCCGGUGCGGUACGAGAUGAAGGGCUACAAUACGCUGCUUGGUUCGCAUUACGAUCACUAUUAUCUCGAUUACGACUCGUACGAUCACCAGGACAUUCCCGAGGAUGUGUUCGAGGUGAAGCUGAGCGAUCCGUGCGUUGGUUUCCCGGGACCCGGCAAUGGCCACUACGCCACGUUUAACCCGAUGCAGGAGUUCGUGCAUCCACACUCAGAAGAACAUCUGCACAACGAGUUCGGGCGGUUCAAGAACAAGCACAGGAAGUCGUACGCCAGCGAGCAGGAGCACGAGAGAAGGUUGGACGUGUUCCGGCAGAACUUGCGCUACAUUCACUCGCAUAAUCGCGCCAACCGUGGGUUCACCGUGGCCGUCAAUCAUCUAGCCGAUCGGACGGAGGAGGAAAUGAAGGCGUUGCGUGGUUUCCGGUCGUCCGGCGUUCACAACGGUGGCCAACCAUUCCCGUACGAUACUCAGCUGCACAUGAACGAACUGCCCGAUAGCUGGGAUUGGCGCAUCAGCGGUGCAGUGACACCGGUGAAGGAUCAAUCCGUGUGUGGGUCCUGCUGGUCCUUUGGCACGAUCGGUCAUAUCGAGGGUGCGUACUUCCGGAAAACGCAGAAACUGGUGCGUUUCUCGCAACAAGCCCUGAUCGACUGCUCCUGGGGUUAUGGCAAUAAUGGCUGCGAUGGUGGUGAAGAUUUCCGUGCCUACCAGUGGAUGAUGGAGGUCGGUGGUGUCCCGAUGGAGGACGAAUAUGGCGGCUACCUGGGGCAGGACGGAUACUGUCACGUACAAAACAUGACACUGUACGCCCAGAUCACCGGUUGGGUAAACGUAACGUCGGGUGAUUCGGACGCGUUCAAGUUGGCACUGUUCAAGCACGGUCCGCUCUCGAUCGCGAUCGAUGCCGGGCAUAAGUCGUUCAGCUUCUACUCGAACGGUGUGUACUACGAGCCAGAGUGCAAGAAUAAGCUGGAUCAGCUUGAUCACGCCGUGCUGGCCGUCGGUUACGGUAAACUUAAUGGGGAGGACUACUGGCUGAUCAAAAACUCGUGGUCCAACUACUGGGGCAACGAUGGGUACGCGCUGAUGGCCGUUAAGGAUAACAACUGUGGCCUUACGACCGAUGCCACUUACGUGCUGAUGUAAGGCCCACGGGAGCCACUCCCCGGUGGGGUGGAGUUUGCUUUAGUUAGUGAUUUGAAUGAAUUUACAAUAAAAAAAAGUGUCCAUAUUGGCAUCCUCAG